ACGACAUUUUUCAAUACACAGCACCAUAUAAUUAUCACGGUACCAUGUGCUAAACAGGUUGAUGUUGAAGAGUUGAAGAUUGAUGCAGUCAUUGAAUUAUGAUACGCUUUUUUAACAUUUGUAAUUGUUUUAACAGUACCACCAAAGCUACUUCCAAGACGCUUAUCCCACAUAGGCUUGAAAGUAAAAAAACAUCGUGAACCUCCCAAAAAUGCGCUUUUUAUCUUGUCCAACACCAACAGAUCACUGUGAAGCGAUAGAAAUACCGAAUGAUCGUUCUUCCGCUCAUACAACAUAUGCCAAACGAUUAUCGGAGGCCGUGGUAUCCAGCAGCCCUAUACCGAUAUCGGACGAAAAGUCACUCUUUCUAUUGAAGCCUACCAACAGGUUUCGUCAGUUUUGCCACUGGUUGUGUAAUCACACAGUAUUUGGUAACAUAAUCCUCCUGUGCAUCAUGCUUUCUUCCGUUAUGUUGGCUGCUGAGGAUCCGUUAAAUGCAAAUUCGGAGCGGAAUCAAAUAUUGAACAAAUUUGAUUUCUUCUUCACCGCUGUAUUUGCUAUCGAGCUAAUUUUAAAAGUGAUAGCUUACGGAUUUAUUCUUCACAAAGGAGCAUUCUGUCGCUCAGCCUUCAAUUUAUUGGAUUUGCUAGUAGUCAGCGUCUCAUUAGUGUCCAUGUUGUUCAGCUCAGGAACAAUAUCUGUCGUCAAAAUUCUUAGGGUGCUUCGAGUGUUAAGGCCUCUAAGAGCUAUUAAUAGAGCGAAAGGAUUAAAGCAUGUUGUGCAAUGCGUUAUUGUUGCUGUUAAAACAAUUGGAAACAUUGUUUUGGUAACAUUCUUGCUACAAUUUAUGUUUGCCGUGAUUGGAGUACAAUUAUUCAAGGGUAAAUUCUUUUCCUGCUCAGAUCGUUCGAAAUACGAAGAAGCGGAAUGUCACGGCACUUACCUAGUUUUCGAAGAUGGUAACGUAGAUAAACCUGUGUCGAAGGAAAGAGAAUGGUCUAACAACAGGUUUCAUUUCGAUGAUGUACAAAAAGCUAUGCUUACCCUUUUUACUGUUUCUACCUUUGAAGGCUGGCCAUCCUUGCUCUAUGUGUCGAUCGACUCACAUACGGAAAACUUUGGACCAAUAUACAAUUAUCGGCCGUUGGUUGCGACGUACUACAUUAUAUACAUAAUUGUUAUUGCCUUUUUCAUGGUAAACAUCUUUGUUGGCUUUGUGAUAGUUACAUUUCAAAAUGAAGGCGAGCAAGAGUAUAAAAACUGUGAUCUCGAUAAAAACCAGCGUAAUUGCAUCGAAUUUGCACUUAAAGCUAAACCAGUCCGACGAUACAUCCCAAACGAUGAUCGGAUACAGUAUAAAGUAUGGUGGUUCGUUACGUCACAGCUAUUCGAGUACACCAUAUUUAUUCUGAUUAUGAUGAACACGAUUACACUGUCUAUGAAGUUCUAUCGUCAACCACAACCAUACACCGAAUGGCUAGAUUUUUUAAAUCUACUGUUCACUGCAGUAUUUGCGCUGGAGUUUGUAUUUAAACUAGCAGCAUUCAGGUUUCAGAACUAUUUUGGAGAUGCUUGGAACGUUUUCGAUUUUAUUAUCGUAUUAGGAAGCUUUAUCGAUAUCGUUUAUUCCGAGGUGACGACUAGUAGUGGAACUAAGGGUGCUUCGACGAUCAUAUCCAUAAAUUUUUUCCGCUUAUUUCGCGUAAUGCGACUUAUCAAAUUGUUAGCUCGUGGUGAAGGAAUACGCACCCUUCUGUGGACAUUCAUAAAAUCCUUUCAAGCACUGCCAUAUGUAGCAUUACUUAUAGUAAUGUUAUUCUUUAUUUAUGCUGUCAUAGGAAUGCAAGUUUUUGGCCGUAUUGCAUUGGAUGACGAUACCGCAAUACAUAGAAAUAACAAUUUCCAAACUUUUCCUCAGGCUAUUUUGGUUUUGUUUAGAUCAGCAACUGGAGAGGCUUGGCAAGAUAUUAUGCUUGAUUGUUCCGCUCGUGAAGAGGUACGCUGCGAUGAAAACUCAGAGGAUAAGGAAUCCAAAGAAGGCUGUGGAUCCAACUUCGCCUUCCCUUACUUUAUUUCCUUCUAUGUACUUUGUUCAUUUCUCAUCAUAAAUUUGUUCGUGGCUGUUAUAAUGGAUAACUUUGACUAUUUGACACGAGACUGGUCUAUACUUGGACCCCAUCAUCUGGAUGAGUUUGUGCGCCUGUGGAGCGAGUACGAUCCAGACGCCAAGGGUCGUAUCAAGCAUCUGGACGUAGUGACUCUGUUACGUAAAAUCUCGCCACCGCUAGGUUUUGGCAAGCUGUGCCCGCACCGAGUAGCCUGUAAGCGUCUAGUCUCGAUGAACAUGCCGCUAAACAGUGACGGUACGGUGUUAUUCAAUGCAACACUGUUUGCGGUAGUGCGCACUUCGUUAAAAAUCAAAACUGAGGGGAACAUCGAUGAAGCGAAUCUUGAGCUGAGACAUAUUAUUAAACAAAUAUGGAAACGAACAAGCAAUAAACUGCUGGAUCAAGUAGUGCCCCCGCCUGGCAUAGAUGAUGAGGUAACGGUGGGUAAAUUCUACGCAACAUAUUUAAUACAGGACUACUUCAGGAGGUUUAAAAAACGAAAAAACUAUGACCGUAAUUCUGAACCGGCUUCACACAUGACUUUACUCGCCGGAUUACGAAUACUGCAUAAAAAAGGGCCCAAACUGAAGCGUAAGAUUUCGGGUACACUUCAUGAAAGUGCAUCUUCUAUAAACCCAGAGCCAACACAUCGGCGUAAUCACAAGCUCUUUGGAAUUAACUGGCCCACGUCAUACACGAUAAGGAAACCAUACUUUAAUAAAGCUAAUACUAUUAAUUCGACCCAAGAACAUUGCCCUCCAGUUCGGACGACAAGAACUUAUGCUACACUGAACAAAGGAUUCCGCAAUGUCAAUAAAACUCUAAUGUACGGUUUUAGAAUGAUGCAUGAUCACGAUCAGUUCAAAGAAACUUUCACCAGUGAUAUUGAAAUUGAAACCAAUGAUACUGAUAGAGCACUAAAACCACUUUGUUUUGGCGAAAUAUAUUCAAAACAGACUAGCCGGGUUGUAAAUGCAGCAGAAAAUGAAACAUAAUCUUUAAUACUGAUACAGUCUUUCCCGGAGUUACGCUAGUUCGAGUUAUGUUAAUUUUUAUUUUUCACCGUUUAUAUGUCAAACCAGUACAAUUUUCUCCAUCUAUUAUCAAAUGAAAACAUUUUGAUUUUUUUUUUCAAAAUUGUUAAGUCACUAAACUGAAUUUUCUACACCAAGAAUUGAAUAAGUAAUUAAUUACAUCAAUGAACUAGAUUCAAUCAAAAAUCAUUAUUACUCAAGUAUAUUUUGGCUGUAAUACUUUACCGUAGCAAUAUACGAUGCCCAAUCUCAGAUUGCGCAUAUGUUUAUCUGUCAAACGACUCGAUUUGAUAUAUUUAUCUAUCAUUAAAAGUUUAUAUAUCUCGGACAUAUAAUCUCAAAACGUUUAUAGGCCAGCGAUGGCUACGCGAAUUGAUAUAUUUUUUGACAAAACGAAUAUAUGCGCAAUCUGAGAUUGCGCAUCGUUUAUUUAUAUGGUUACAUUCGACUUACGGGGAUAUCCGAUUUACGCAAAUGGCUCCGGAACGCAUUAUUCGCGUGACCCAGCGCUCUAGCACCAAUCGAACACGACAUCGAACAUGAAAAAAGUAUGGGAUUUGACAUGUUCGAUUUAUUGGUUACCAAAUCGAACAUGUCAAAGAUAAUUAGGACAUAAUUUUUCAUGUUCGAUGUUGUGUUCGAUUUGUGCUAGAGCGCUGGGCAAGGUGGAUUAAAUAUAUCAGAUGGUGGAAUCUAGAGCAUUUUGAGAAUUCGUCACUUGACGUAAGGUCCCCAGGAUUCAAACGUUGUUUCCAUUUUUUAAUUUGAUAAUACAGUCUGUUCCCGAGCUACGCGGCUCUCGACAUACGCGGAUUCGAAAAUACGCGGUUAUCUAAAUUUGACAGAUCAAAUAUCAAAUUAAUACAAUUUGCGUCAAGAAUUGUCCAUGGCAGUAAAAUUGCAUUUUGGUAGUAUAUUUAAUCCACUUAAAAGUAAAAAAUAUCAGAAUGUUCUGCAAAAAUCGUAUCAAAUCAAUGAUUAAGUGUAUAACACUACCAAAUUUCAUUAAAAAAAUACCGAGUUAUCAAUUACAUUUUGGCCAAAACCGCGAAAUUCGAUUUACGCAGAUGUUCGAAUUACGCGGAUUUCUUGGGAACGCAGAAAUCGCGUAACUCGGGAACAGACUGUAUAAUUUAUCUACCACAUUUUUUCGAUUAAAAUUACUUUUAAAAUAUAUUUUGAGCAUUGCGAGUUCUUAUUUAACAUUAAAACAUAGAUUCAAGUGAGUUCCCAUAUAACCAAAUCGGCCUUAACCCACUGUCAAGCCGAUUCAAACCCACGUGGGUUGGUGGUGGUCGAUUCUAAGGUCAAUAUGCUGAACAGGAUUUUAACUCAUCGAUUGUAAAAAAUCAUUCACUUACAUCACUGCACUUAAACUUUAGCAAUAUUAUUAGUCUAUAAACUAUGCUCUGACCAGCGAAAUGAAAGAGUCCAUUCGCAAGUAAACAAACACAUAUAUACACAUAUUACACAAGGAUGUUUCACUAACCAACUUAAACACACACGUUUGAUUGCUUCUUUUGCAUAAUUAAAUCACAUUUCAACACAGGUGAAACAUGUUGAGCCAAUAAAUAACCUGUGUAUAAAAAACUGCCUUCCAAAACAUUGAAGUAUCCACUUAUGUGGCCGUAUGGCUUCACCCACCAAACAGAAUGUGUUUUGGCUUUGUUUGAUGCAACUUAAUUUUAAGUACAAGAAAUUGGUGGCGUUUUCGUUAUCUUGGUUCUUUGGGUUAUUUCGUGUCAAUUCGUGAAUUUAUUGUAUAAUUCAUUGUGUUUUCGACAUGUUUGGGGAUCAUGGGAAAUCAUUUAUAUUUCCUAUUUUAAAAUUUAUUCCUCAUUAUCUAUGAGACACAUGGACAAUUUAAGUUAAAUGGCAAUUCUUACUCACAUGGUUUUUAAUUUUCUUGACGAAACAAAUCAUCAAAUCUUUUGUUAUUAUAUCUCAUUUUUUCAAUAAAAUCAAUUGACAUACAAAAAUGCACGUAGUAACAAAGAAAUCUGUUCUAUUAGCUAUGCUUUGUGCGCGGAAACCAAUGGUUAAUGGUUUUAAAAUGACGUAAAGUCCCUCAACCCACGGCGACAAAUGGCGACCCACGAUAGGCCCUUUUCCACCACCUGGUAUUUUUAAUCCACCUUGAGCGCUGGGUAACUCAGGAAAAGACUGCAUCCCAAUCGAAUUUUUUCGGGGAUAAUGGACACAAACUCAUGCCAUCCUUUUCUAUUCAUCAGCCCUACUCUCUCACACACAUCGAUGAACUUUUACACAUCUCUUUGUUCAUUAUGCUAUAUUUGAAGGGUUUAAAAGUGAUAGAUAACAAUACAUGUUCAUGAAGUAGUUAUUUUCAAAUGGUAAUGGUGUAAUGUUUGUACCAUGGUCGACCUGAGUUCAUUUCCAUUUUUAUUGUUUUCAUUGAUGAUUUAAAGUUAUCUUUUAUGUUUAAAACAUCCAGCUCCAAUAAGUUCAGACCCUUUUAUUCAUUGUUAGAAAUUUAAUAGUCAAUCUGUUAUUUUUAUUGUUUUAUUUAAUCCUUUUAAUUCAUUUAAUAUCAGUACCCCUUCAUACAACAA